AUGGCGUCCGCAGCACAGAAGAAGCUGGUAGUGUGUGGAGGGAACGGAUUUCUGGGAAGCCGCAUCUGCCGCGCCGCCGCCCACCGCGGCUGGUCCGUCGUCUCCGUCUCGCGCUCAGGCACACCGCACUGGUCCUCGGUCACCUCCUCCGCCGACGCUCCGCCAUGGUCCACAAAGGUGACCUGGGCCAAAGGCGACAUCCUCGACCCGUCCUCGUACAACGCGCACCUCGAGUCCGCCGACGCCGUGAUCCACACCAUGGGCAUCCUGCUCGAGGCAGACUACAAAGGCGUCGUCAGUGGCCGCGAAUCGCCCUUGUCCGGGCUGAAGAGAGCCUUCUCGGCGACAAAAGCAGGCACCCAGAACCCCCUCGACCGCAAGGACGGCGAGACGCUCCGCCCCAUGGAGUCUGACGGACAGCUCACCUACGAAGUCAUGAACCGCGACACAGCCGUCAGUCUUGCCCAGGAAGCUUCCAAGCAAAACGUCCCCACCUUUCUCUACAUCUCCGCCGCAGCCGGCACGCCUAUCCUACCCAAACGCUACAUCACCACAAAACGCGAAGCCGAGUCCAUCAUCUCCACAACCUUCCCCACUAUGCGAUCCAUCUUCAUCCGUGCCCCUUUCAUGUACGAUUCCAGCCGCACCUUCACACUGCCCAUUGCCGCGGGGGGCGCCGUUGCGAGCAUGAUCAAUAGCGCCGUCGGUGGGAGACUGACGUGGCUGAUGGGCGCUGGGGGCAUCAAGCCAUUGAAGGCCGAUCUGGUCGGUGAGGCCGUUGUAGAAGCGCUCGAAGACGACCAAGUCAGAGGGCCGGUUGAAGUGCCCGAAAUCGAACGUUUGGGGACGCGCGCGUGGAGAAAAAACAUGCUGUGA